AUGUCCACCGAAGCUGAUACUCUAUUGAUUCCUGGUCCAGUUAUUCUUAGUUCUAAAGUACAAAGGGCAUUAGAUGUUCCAUCCUUAUCCCAUACUUCCCCAGAGUUUGGUGCAAUUUUUCAAAGAACACUGAAAAAUACCAGGAAACUUUUCAAAGCAGAUGAGAAAGAGGGUCAACCAUUCGUUAUUGCAGGUUCAGGUACAUUGGGAUGGGAUAUUGUUGGUGCAAACUUGAUUGACAACAACGACAGUGCCUUGGUUGUAUCUACAGGUGUCUUCUCCGAAUUUUUUGCCGAGUGUUUGGAACUUUAUGGAGCUAACGUUGAUAAAUUAACUGCUGAAGUUGGCGAUGUCGUUCCAACUGAAAAGAUCAGAGAGAAGCUGAAGGAAAAGAACUAUAAAUUGAUUACUUUAACACAUGUCGACACUUCGACAGCGGUGUUGUUGAACGUUAAAGAAAUUGCAGAAAUUGUUCGUCAAAUAUCCCCCGAGACAUAUAUCAUUGUUGAUGGUGUCUGUUCAAUUGGUUGUGAGGAAUUUGAGUUCAAAAAAUGGGGUAUUGAUUAUUGUUUGACUGCAUCUCAAAAGGCGUUAGGAGCACCUGCUGGUUUGAGUAUCUCAUUUGCAAGUCAAAGAGUGGUCGAUUUUGUUAAAUCUGAUAAAUAUAAGCCAAAGUCGUACUUUACAUCUUUAAAAAAAUGGCUGCCAAUUAUGGAAGGUUACGAAAAUGGUACACCAAAGUAUUUUGCUACACCUGCUAUUCAAAGCAUCAACAGUUUGGAUGCUGCUCUUCAAGAAAUUUUGGAAGAUGGAUUAGAAGCUAGGUGGACGAAACAUGCAAAAAUGAGUACCGAAUUUAAAGACAAAUUAACCAAAGAACUAGGCUUAAAAUUAGUAUCUAAAUAUCCAGCUGAAUCAGCAGCCCAUGGUCUAACAGCCAUUUAUGUUGAUGAGCCAGGUAAAGUCAUUUCUCAUCUGAAGGCCCACGGUGUUGUUAUUGCCGGCGGUAUAAUGCCAUCAAUUGCAACUAAAUAUAUCCGUGUUGGUCAUAUGGGUGUCACAGCUUGUGACCCAAGUGUCGACUAUAUUCCAACAUGUUACAAGCUAAUAUCAGAAGCUAAAUAA